AUGGAGACUGCAUAUCUCAAAAAAUGCUUAGGCAGAUGCUUGGCAGAGGGCCUUGCCGAGGUGGCAGAACGUCGGCCAGCAGACCCAAUCCUGUACUUGGCAUGGUGGAUUCAUAAAUAUCGGAAAAAUAUGGAUGACGCACUCCAUAGGAAACUGGAAAGGGAAGAGCUGGAGCGAGAGCGUGCGGAGGCCAAAAGAGAACUGCUAAUGAUCGAAAGAAUGAAGGAAGAAGAACUUUUGUUUCAGCAGAAGCUAGAAGAAGAGAGGCAGGCACAAAUGGAACGAGAACGGGAAGAACAAGAGAGAUUAGAGAGAGAAAGAGAAGAACAGCUUCUAUUGGAGCAGAAACAACAAGCAGAGUUGGAGGCAAAGGCAGCUGCUGAGAAAGAGACACCGUCAAAAACCUUGGCUGAGCUGACCGACAAAUAUGGGGCUCCUCAUCUGAGCAGAGUUGACGAGAUAGAUGAACUUGAACAAUCUGAUCAUGCACUGACUACAGUAGCUGAGGCAGACGAAGAAGAAGAGUCGCCUGUUUGAGAGAUAUCUUUCUCACCUGCAGCUGUUUAUUCCAGAAACUUCAAGGGGUGCUACAGAUGUGGGUGGCUGGUAUCUGUUUUAGGGCUACUGAUACAAUGAAUUAACGCAGCUAAAGAGCAAAC